AUUCCGUGUACCACCAUAAAUACACUCAUGUUGGAAAAUUUGUACAAUUUCCGCAAUUAUCUCGUAACAAAUGCCCCGCUGCCUAUAAUUCGUACAACUGUAAAUACUACCUGCGUAUAUACAACUCCAAUCAUUACAACCGCCUUUCAGAGGUGUCUCGGGUGAUAUGGCACUUGUGAGUGAUCCAGCACCGCUACCGGAGACGAUUGAUGAUGUUAUAGAGUUGAUCAGUCAAGAUGGGGAUUACUUCGAAAGAAUGGGAGCUGAUGGCAAGAUAAUGCAGUGUUUAUUUUGUGAGUGGGCUGGCCCUAGACUCAUAACGGAGUGGCAUAUACAAAAUGAGCAUAUACAUAAGAUAGAGACAUGUACUAAACCAGAUUGGAAUAUAACAAUGACUUUGGGCAGUUUGGUCGGGAAGAGAAAAUGGUGUUGCCAGAUCAUAGAUUAUCAUAAUGAACAUUAUGUGUUGGCUGCUAAGUUUUUGGAACCCGAUUGUCUCAUGGCUAAUUUGAUGACCUUAUCGUCAGAUGAUUCCAUGAAAUCGGGAUCAAUAACGGUAUAUAACAGGGUAACAGGCGAACCAUUCUCUUGGUCCGGCAACAUAAAUUCUGUACCCGACCAAUUGCCUAGCGAAAACCACGCGCAGCUAAGUGUUCCACUAUCGAAACUGAACCUCUUACCAAACAGUGCUAAUUUGACACUUAUUAAUGGGGCAUUCAUCACAAAAAUGGGUAACAAGGUAGUUGUUGGCCAGCCUGAGCUAGAUGAUAUUCAGAUAACUUUCUUUUCUAAAAUUUUUAUUGGUCGUUAAUUGAUCUUUAUACUCUGUCUAACACGACUGCUCUCGUUGACUCGUUAGCGACGACUGUGCAUAUUUGUAUGGAAUGUUAGUUCCGCUAAUGUCCGUCAGGAGCGCUGCAACCUGCCAUGCAAUAAAUAAUGUAUAUUAGCUUAUGAUAAGAAUUUAUUGCACAUUGAUUAACAUAAAAACCAAACAAACUAGUCCUGCAUAUCGUAAUAUAGUGUUCAGUUUUCAGUCCAGACUGUCGCUACAUACGACGACAAACUAAGGUUAUAAAACAGAACUCAUUAUUUAUAAUAGGAUUAUACUUAAGUUUUUUCUUUCUACAUUUUUUUAAAACCAGUGAUAAAAAUCGUUUUGUAUGACUAAACGUGUCACUAGCCAAGAAAAAGUCAGUAUUAAUUUUGUAUCUCUUUUCCCAGUUGCUUAUACUGAAUAUUAUAUAUGUGCUAUUAGGUUUAAUUUUAUAGCAGUAAUUAUGUAAACCAAGAGGUAUUCUUGUGAUUCCGUGUUUAAUAUUCAUCGGCGCUGGCUACCUAUUUCGAUAUUCUUCCUAAUAUUAAUUCCCGGGCCAUAAACAGUACGACUAUACUGCACCGAUGAUAAAUGGCACCGAAGAGAGUGUUUGACAUUUGACAUAAUGUAUUAAACAUUAAAAAAAUGAUCUCCCAUGGCUGUUGUAUGUUGAUUUUUCAGUAUUAUUUGUUUUAUAUUUUUAGUUAAUAAAUCAUUUAUCAUGUUGAUUAUUGAGUUAAGGUGGACGCUCACAGAACGUAACCAGUGUUGUUAAACUAUUAAAAUAUUUUUUUUAAAUAAACUCUGUCUCUAUUUACUGGUGUUAUGUUCCAUGGAUAAACUAUUAAUUUAUGCUAAAAGUCUACCAAAUAUCUGCGAAGUUGUGAAAUGAUUUAGCAACAAGUUUUUCUCUAGUAUAUUUCCAUCAAGGAAUAGUAUAUCGAUAUAAGUUUAUUGAAAUAUAAUUAUGUGUUGAGUGAAUAUACAUUUCUUUUUUGAACUGUCAGUAUUUAAUAAGAGAACAAAGUCUGAAAAUAGCAUUUAAAUCUUUGUUUUUCACUAUUUUUAGAGAUUGCGUACCGUUUAUGUAAGUUUUUAAAAUCCUGGUAAGGUUUAGUAAAUAUAUUUGUUUAUACAAGAAUUGUGUGUUGCUUUUCUGCAAUAAAUUCUUGUAAAACAAAUUGACAUAUAACUUAAUCAGUACAAUUCAUGUUUCCUAUAAAGUUAAAAGACUGUUAAUAUUUUUAUAUUAUUGUCAAUUCUUUAAGACUGUUAAAAAUAUUUAAAUAGCUUUUAAUUUUGUUAACUAAAGGUUAUGGUUAUAAGGCGUAAUUAAUGCGUAUUAGCGUAUCUUAUUUGAUCAGAAAAUAUUACGUUGUUACAAUUUAUUUAUUUUCUAUUAAAAGUGGUAAAAGAUAACAUAGGUUUAUUGUUUUAAGAUAUACUAUAGUAUUUUAAGUUAUGUUUAAAGUUUGUCAUAUUGAUUGUUUACUUAAGGUGAGCGUUCACUGAUAUAGUCUGCGGUAGCCGAGCCAAAAGUUACGUUCACCUGCGGCAUUAGCAGGCCUAUAAUAUAUUCGCGUAACCACAAUUUUUUUUUUUAUGAAGGAUGUUUAAGUUUUAAACCUUUCAAUUGUCUUCAAUGUCUCAAUCAAAGACUCGAAAUCAAAAAAUAUCCCGAAAAUUACGUUUUUUUGUUGUGAUUAUUGUUUAUUUUUUCUUAAGAACUUUUUGAUAUUUUUUUAGGUUUAGUUAUGUACAAAGAUCGUUAAUCAUCUUGUUUUUUAAAGUUUACGUGAUUAUAUUAUUUAAGCUUUCAAAAUAUAUAAUUUGUAUACAGUAAGCGGUACUAAACAAUGUACAUCGGUCUUUGAAAAAAGAAUGGAAUGGUCCAGUAUCUAUUAAGAGCUGCUAAAACAUUUAAAAUUGUAUAAUGUAAGUCUAUAUUUAUUUUAAAUGUACGUUUAGUUAGCAUCAUUAUAUAGUUUGGAGAUUCCUGGACAUCCACACAAACACAUAGUGACUACCUUUCAGUUACAGACCAUGACCAAAUUUGAUUAAAGUCUGGAGACUCUGCUGUAUUAUGUCCACAGAAAUAUUGUAUGACUAAAACUGACAUAAUAUCGUAAAUUCGUAUUAAUAACUCUAGUUACUAUGUCAUAUCAUAACAAUAUGAUAUAGUAACAACAUCAAUGUAAUUGUACUUAUUAAAGUUAAAAAUUAAAUGAAUAAAUUUGUGAAGAUAACAACUCUGUAUACAUAUAUAUGUAUAUAUUGAAGUGACAAAAACGUCACCGACCGGCCCUCUACAAAACUGGAACCUGUUGACUUUAUCUCAUUUGAAAGGCCUAUAAUGUUUUUUAAUGCCGACUACUGUAUAUGUUCUACUUGAUUUGUGAAAUUAGGUUUUUUUUUCACUUCGUGAUCUAAUUAUGAGUUGAUAAUUUAAGUGCCAUACCAACAUUUUGAAGAGUUUUUUUGUUUUUUAAUUUUUGUAGUUUUGGAACGUUGAUUUUUGAUUAAAUUUAUUUUGCAA